AUGCUGAGUCUCAUUCCUAAGACUGAACACGGUUCUGUUCUUCGGAAGGUCGCUGUACUACUGUACUCAGGGCAGGUCGAAGCAUCUCUCAAGAAGCUUCGAACGCAUUACAUUGAUCUUCUGUAUGUCUACUGGUGGGACUAUUCUGCGUCCAUUCCGGAGGUGAUGCUUUCAUUGAAAGACCUUGUAAAGAGCGGAAAGGUCCUGUAUCUUGGCAUAUCAGAUACACCGGCUUGGAUCGUAGCUCAAGCAAACGAGUAUGCCAGGCAGAAUGCCCUCACUCCUUUCGCAAUCUAUCAAGGGAACUGGAAUGUGGGUAAACGUGAUAUGGAGAGAGAUAUCAUCCCCAUGUGCCGAGCCAACGGGAUGAGUGUCGCAGCAUGGGGCUUCUUGGGUCAGGGCAAGUUCAAAUCUCCAGACGAGUUGAAGGAUCAAACCUAUUGGAGAGACGGUGUGCCCCCGACUGAGGCCGAGCUCGCGGUCUCGCAGGUUCUCCAGGAAGCAGCGGACGAGCUUGGAGAAGGCAUCAGACCAGCAAAUGAUAUGUUGAAUACACCGGACAAGUGGCAGGGUGCUGAUGGUCUGGAUGCUCUCAAGAUAGUCUUGACCGAAACCCAAAUUCAAAAGCUCAACAACGCUACACCAUCUGCUUGGGGCUUCCCAUUCGACCUGUUCGGACGAGAUCCGCAUUAUCUGCCGGGCGGCAAGCCAGAAAGCUAUGGUAUGAAGUCUGUGAGUUGGAAUCUGUGUAGCCUCGCUUUGUCCCUGCUGAUCACCAUGUGA